UACUUUGGAUCGGACUGCGUCUUGCUAGAAUUUACGAGGCCAAGACGUUAUUGGAGGCAGGAAUGGCGGACACAAGCGUGCUGCUGCAGCUGCUGCAGGUGCUAGCCACCUGCAGCAGGGAUGGCCCCCCCAGCCUCCGCAUAUCUAGGCCUACUUACAACCACUCGCCUUCUGUGCCAGACCUGAUCCAGCUGCAAGGUUACCCUGUUGAAAUACACCCCGUAGUGACAGACGACGGAUACAUCCUCUCUCUGCACCGCAUCCCUUACGGCAUCAACCACAUUGACAGUGGACUUUCUUCAUCCGAAGGUCCCAACUUCGCAAAUAAUAAAACCAAGGAGAACGGAUCUGAAAACGUCACCCGUCCCGUCGUCUUUAUGCAUCAUGGGCUCACUUCGUCAUCAGCUGACUUCAUCAUUAAUGACCCCGACAAAGCUCUCGCGUUCAUAUUGGCGGACGCCGGGUACGAUGUUUGGAUGGCCAACUGCCGCGGCAACCAAUAUUCUCGGUCCCACGUAUCACUCGACCCAGAAAAAGAGGAAUAUUGGAAGUUCUCCUGGGACCAGAUAGCUGCACACGACGUGCCUGCUUCCAUUGACUACAUCCUGGACUUUGUGGGCCAAGAGCAGCUCAGCUACGUCGGCUUCAGCAUGGGCACCACCGUCUUCUUUGCCGCCAUGAGCGAGAAGCCGGAGUACAUGAGCAAGGUGAAGGUGAUGACAGCCAUGGCGCCGGUCGCUUACCUCUCGCACGUCAAGGGCUUCGCUAAAGCCUUCGCACCUCGAGCUGAGCACAUCGAUCUCGGCUUGCACCUGCUGGGGGUGCACUACUUGUUUGCUGGGGGCGACGACAUGGACGACCAAGUGAGCGAGUUUUGCGGCGACCCAUACUCGCCCCAGAUGGGCAUCUGCAUCUCGAUGCUUUCCUACGUGGUGGGCCCCGACCACCGCGAGUUUGAUGAGGAGUGCCUGCCGAUCGCCCUGGUCGAGACGCCAUCAGGAGCGUCGCUGCACACGCUCCUGCACUACGCGCAGCUCGUACUGUCCGGAGACUUCCGGAUGUUUGACUACGGCACCCACGCCAACAACCAGGCACAUUACGGUCAACGCACGCCACCCAAGUACGAGCCUAAGAAACUCAAGCUUCCCAUCGCACUCUUCUCCGGCGCUGGCGACUAUCUGGCCGCUCCUAAGGAUGUCGCUCGACUCAGGAAGGAAUUGCCAAACGUUGUAUUCGAGAAAAAAAUACAAGAUCCCCCCUACAAUCACCUGGACUUCUUGUGGGGCAAGAACGCGCCGACUCUCGUCUACAAGGACGUGGUGCGCGUCCUCAACGACUACAAUUGCAAGAUGAAGCCUUCAGUCAACAUCGCGUUUCUGUUGCUAUUCAUGGCGACGUCAUCGUCGGCACAUAUGCUGAGGAGCCACCCAGACGGAGUCAACCUCACUACGCCAGAACUGAUAGAGGCUGCGGGAUAUCCUGCCGAGGUUCACCACGUGGUCACGGAGGACGGCUACAUCCUGGAGCUGCACCGUAUUCCGUACGGCGUGGCCGGCGACACCGGAGGACUGCGACCUGUCGCCCUCAUGCAGCACGGCCUGCUUAGCUCUUCUGCGGACUGGCUCAUGAACACGCCUCAACGAGCCCUGGGGUACAUGUUGGCUGACGCCGGGUAUGACGUGUGGAUGGGCAACUUCAGAGGUAACACCUACUCCCGCAACCACACCACCCUCGACCCCAACGAAGAUCUAGAAUUCUGGUCCUUCACCUGGAACGAAAUGGGUACCUUUGACAUACCGGCGAUGAUUGACUACGUCUUGGAGUUCACCGGACAACCUGAUCUCUACUACGUAGGCUUCAGCAUGGGCACCACAACCUACUUUGCCUUCCUAAGCGAAAGGCCGGAGUACAGCAGCAAGCUUCGGAUCGCAAUCUGUUUGGCCCCUCCCGUCUACAUGGAACACAUGAAGGGAGCCCUGACGCUCAUUGCGCCUUACGCCAACGACAUCGAUACAGUCAUGAAUUUGUUGGGCAAAGGAGAAUUCUUGCCAAGUCGCGACGUGACCGACGAGUGGUUCGCUGCGGUGUGCGACGAUGAGGCUGCUACAGCCAACACCUGCUACAACCUUCUCUUCGUCAUCGCCGGGCCUGACUCCGAGCUUCUCAAUGAGGAAUACUUACCCGUGAUCCUGGCUCACUCUCCGGCUGGAACUUCAGUCCACACGCCCGUCCACUACGCUCAGCUCUACGUGUCCACAUUGUUCACGAAGUACAACUGGGGCCCACUAGGCAACCAAAACCACUACGGGCAGCCCACACCCCCCGCCUACAACCUCAGCCACGUCACCGCCCCCACGGCGCUCUUCUGGGGCCCCAACGACUGGCUCGCCACUCCUGAGGACGUUGCCCGUUUGGUGACUGAGUUACCUAAUCUCGUCCACAAUUAUCGGGUGCCAUUCGACAAGUUCAAUCACAUCGACUUUAUAUGGGCCAUCAGCGCGGACGAGCUUGUCUACAACGAAGUUCUCUCUGUCAUGGCUCAGUACUGAUGGACUGGAGCGUCGGCCAAUCGUCCUGCAUGAUGAUGUUUUUCAUGUUUCUAUCUUGCGUGCCGAGGGUAAAAUGAAUUACGUCAACGAACCAGUUUAUUACAGAACGAAGCACAUUAUUGAACGACAGAACUGGUAACACUAACGUAUACAUAAACUGAACUAAAUCUGAUCACUAGAAUAACUGAGCACAGGAGUGCAGGAUAGGUAAUGCAUGGCUUCGAUAAGAUCCCUAAAAAAAGAAGUAAUCAAAAUGAUAUCCUUCAUGGCUGUAUUAACGCUGAAUUCGAAUAUUUACACGCAAAACCUUGCAACGAAGCCCAAAGCAAAGCAGCAUAACAACAUACUCGCAUAAUCAUGUACUCUAUACUGGAAUAAAUUGACUCGACACGACAGUUCUCUUUCAUGC